CUUUCCCAUCCAACACAACUAACCCACUCCUCCUCCAAGCAGAGCAUUCCAAGAAUGAGUUCUCUUGGAUUUGUCAUCCUCUUCUUUGUCCCACUGUUCUCAGCAGCGCAUGGCUAUGGAGGGGGAUGGAUGGCAGCUCAUGCCACAUUCUACGGAGGAAGUGAUGCUUCAGGCACAAUGGGAGGAGCUUGUGGGUAUGGCAACUUGUACAGCCAUGGCUACGGCACUAACACCGCAGCUCUCAGCACUGCUCUGUUCAACAACGGCCUCAGCUGCGGGGCUUGCUACGAGUUGGCGUGCGUCGACGAUCCCAGGAAUUGCCAGAGGGGAUCCAUCGUCGUCACUGCCACCAACUUCUGUCCCCCGAACAGCGCCCUGCCCAACGAUGCAGGCGGGUGGUGCAACCCCCCUCUCCGCCACUUCGACCUCUCUCAGCCCGUCUUCCUCCGCAUUGCUCAGUACAGAGCCGGGAUUGUACCCGUCGCGUACCGAAGAGUACCCUGCAGGAAGGGGGGUGGCAUCAGGUUCACUAUCAACGGCCACUCCUACUUCAACCUGGUUCUGAUCACCAACGUGGGGGGAGCCGGGGACGUGCAUGCGGUCUUGGUCAAGGGGUCGAGGACCGGGUGGCAGCCCAUGGUGAGGAACUGGGGCCAGAACUGGCAGAGCAACACCUUCUUCAAUGGCCAAGCCCUCUCCUUCAAGGUCACCACAAGUGAUGGCAGAUCUGUGCUCUCCUACGAUGUAGCUCCUCCGUCCUGGUCCUUUGGCCAAACCUUCAGUGGUGGACAAUUCCACUGAAGUUUUAAGAUCAAAUUAAUAGCAUAGUUUUAUAUAGUACAUAUAUAUAGGAGUGAUAUAUGGAUCAAAAUUAUAUCGACAAAGGCCUAUUUUACUUUGUCCCUUUUAUAGUUAUUGCAUUGAACUGGACUAGACCUUGUGUCAAAGUCUAGAUUAAUUAGUUGCUGCUCUAGGAGAGAAAGAAAGUCAAGGGGAACUACUUCUCCGUGAGAGCAAAUGGCUAUAUGUAUGGUUUACUUUUCAUUCAUUGUUUCUGUCAGUCGACUCUAUGUGAGGGCACUCUGAAGAAAGAGUGCCUGUAUUGGCCAUUGUGAUUUGUUUUAUGGCAGUGCUAUAUUGAUCAUGCUAUAUUAAUACAUGUCUCUAGAUCGAUCAGUUCAA